ACUGAUUACGUAGCGGGUGGGGCCGGAAGUGCCGCUCCCGGGUGGGGGCUGUUCAUGGCGGUUUCGGGGUCUCCAACAGUUUUGCAGGUUGAGGUCCGAGAACCUCCUGAAGCGGGGUCAGCGGAGCUUGAGGUUCUUGCUGGUGUGAAAUGACUGAGUACAAACUGGUGGUGGUUGGAGCAGGUGGUGUUGGGAAAAGUGCUUUGACAAUCCAGUUAAUCCAGAACCAUUUUGUGGAUGAAUAUGAUCCCACCAUAGAGGAUUCUUACCGAAAACAAGUGGUAAUUGAUGGUGAGACUUGUCUGUUGGACAUACUGGACACAGCAGGACAAGAGGAGUACAGUGCCAUGAGAGACCAAUACAUGAGGACAGGCGAAGGAUUCCUCUGCGUUUUUGCCAUCAACAAUAGCAAGUCAUUUGCAGAUAUUAACCUUUACAGGGAGCAGAUUAAGCGAGUAAAAGACUCUGAUGAUGUGCCUAUGGUGCUGGUAGGGAACAAGUGUGAUUUGCCAACAAGGACAGUUGACACAAAGCAAGCCCAUGAGCUGGCCAAGAGCUAUGGAAUUCCAUUCAUUGAAACCUCAGCCAAGACCCGACAGGGUGUAGAAGAUGCCUUUUACACACUAGUAAGGGAGAUACGCCAGUACCGAAUGAAAAAGCUCAAUAGCAAUGAUGAUGGCACUCAAGGUUGUAUGGGGUUGCCCUGUGUGGUAAUGUAGAAAGACCCUUUGAAAUUUCUGACAUCAGAAAAGAGCCACGUUCAAGCUGCACUGAUACCCUGGUUCUGACAUCCCUGGAGGAGACAUGUUUCUUCUGCUCUCUGCAUCUCAUCGAAGCUCUGCCUCUGCUUCCCUGACUCAGUAGAUGAGCACAGCCAUCUAACCUGAGACCUCCUCAGAGUAACUACCUCCUCACUCGGCUGUCCAACCAGAGAAAUUUACCCGUUACUCCCCAGUAGUGUUCUGACCUGGCUUUUCCUCCUUAGAAACACACACACCUCUGCCAACCGGGUUUGUCCUCUGAAAAGCAAUUUACACUUCGAUAAAGAGAACUAAACUAUAGACAUGCAAUUCUGUUGACAACAGUCUCUUAAGCUCUAUGGUAGCAACUGCUGGUGAAUUUUUUUCCCCCUUCCCCUAACUGUUGAACUUGGCCAUGUUAGUUUGUGGGGAAAAUGUCAUAAAUUACUGUUUCCCCGUGAAUAUAACUAAUGUUGCUGAUUGGAUUUGUACUGUGAUCAGCUAUAUUCUAAAAACUGGCAUCUGCCCUGAGUUCCUAAAGCAAACGUGUGUACUGAUGAGUCCGUCCUAGUCUUUUAGCUGCAUGAGAUUGAACCCAACCUUCACAACAAAGUGCCUUUUCCUAACAGUGGUCUGUAGGCUUCCUUUGCCAUUUGUAAGUGGGAUGAAUAUUUCAAGAACCAUUGUAUAGGAAAGUGACUGAGCCAUCUACCGUUGAGGGAAAGGUGUGUCCACCUGAUGGCAGAUGCCAUGUCUGUGUCCAUAAAGAUAGUUUCCCUGUUUGGGAUUCUCCCAAGAGAAAGAUGAUACUGAAACAAUUAUGAAUAACUUCACUUAAUUUUUAUCUAAUAUUUUUUGGUAGGUUACUACCUAUAAAUAUUUGUAAUUUCUUCUUGUUUACUGAUAUUCUAGCAUUCAAUGAACUUCCAUUAUAACCAAAUUUGGGUCAUACCAGGAAACUCUCCAUCUGUAGUUAGUCAAAUACUAUACAAACUGGUAUGUUAUUACUUUAUAGCUAUCAUCAAUGAUUCUUCCAACCUCAAAUAUAGUUUAUUAGCAGACAGACUAUAUCUUUGUUGCAUCAUUUCUUCUUGGCAUAUAUAGAUAGAUAGAUAGAUAGAUAGAUAGAUAGAUAGAUAGAUAGAUAGAUAGAUAGAUAGAGCUGCCCUUAGUCCCCUUCUCACUGCCCCCUUCCCUCAUCCUAUAGUAGUUCAAGCAUCCCACAGGGUCUUGAAUAAUUCUUUCAGUUGAAUAAAUCAUGGUGCUAAUGGACCAGGGUCAUGGUUUCAAAACUUGAACAAGCCAGUUAGCAUCACAGAGAAAAAAAUUCACCUAUAUUUGCUCCCUGCCCAUUACUUCUGCUUAUAGAUUUUUGCCUGAUGCCUGCUGUUAUCGCUACAAGGAUGAAAGUGUGGUCCUGUACAAGGACUGGAAAUACUUAGUGUGCAGUGGAGUAAGCUCAGAAGUCUUUACAUUUUCAGAUCCUUAUUUUUAGCCAAAUGGAAACUAAAGCCAGAGUUCAUACCUCCAUCUCUCUCUGCUGUCAUGUAACUCUUCUUUAGAUAGCUUUUUAAAAGUAUUUAUUUAAAACAUGUCGAUAAGUUAGUUUGCCAAAUAAUAAAAGCUGAUGCGUUCAUUCAAAUCAAGAGAUAUCCUUUGCUGUUUUAGAAAACAAUGAAAAUACCAUAAACGGUCGGUGUACAGGGGCUUGGUAUUCCCAUUUGCAGGUAAUGCCCUGGUAAUUCAUUGGUGGGUUUUGUUUUUCAUGGUAAUACUUAAAACUUAAAACUCAGCCCAAUAAUUCUAAUGAAAAGUAAAAUUGGAUACCUUGAUUGCAAAAAAAUGAAAUGAAUUCCAAAAUGGCCAUUUUCUUUUCUGUUCUUGUAAUACCCAAAAACCUACUGAGAACCUUGGGGCUCUUUUGUUUGUGACAGGACCUUGCUGUAUAGUUCUAGCUGGCCUCAAACUCACAGCAGUCCUCUUUGCUCAGCCUUCCAAGUGCUGGGAUUACAGGCAUGUUUCACCACACCUUCCUGAUCCUUUACAUUCUAAUGUGAAUUGUUAAGCAAAUUCCCCAUACUAUGUGCUCCUCAGUGCUAAUGCUGGGACCAUUCACAUGAGGUUUGUGUUCCUAAACGCUGCCUUUCAGAACAUUGCUCAGUCAUCCUUCCGCAGUUGCUGAGGUCAUCGCCUCAGCUUGUUUUGUUUUAAUGUGUCUGCGUGACUGGUGAUGUAUAUCUAGAAAGUCUGUUAAACUGAAGUGUCCAGGUAGGGAGAAAGUUACUCCUCUUUGCUUCUUUUGACCAUAUCCCUCAUAUGUUAUGUCUGUAGUUGGUCUCCAGUAUGUCCUGAGCACAGAAGUAUACAAGUGGAGCCAACUAAGGCUUCAGAUGCUCUUAGUAGCUAAUGUUCCACGGGGUAUGAAUUUUGGCACAACAAUGACAAACUUAAAAGCUAAGUUGAAUUGGUGUGGUAUCAAAAAGUGGAUUUAGAAUGUGUGAUUUCUAAAGAUAGUUCCGGUGUACCUCAAAACUGUAAAGCCCCUUCCUGAAUUUAAGUGCCUGGCCAGCUGUCACAAAUGAACAUAUUCCUUUAAGGCAGUUAGUUAUUUUGAGCUUUGUUCACACAUUGGAGAGUAUGAAAAAUGAAGCGUUCUAAGAGCUCUGAUACCUAGUCUUGUAAACCUGUUAAAUGCUCUAUGCUCCAGCAUGUAAAGUAUGUGAGUUGGUAACGCAGUACUGUGUUUACUGGUCUUCCUGUAAGAGUGCUGUGUAUGGAGUGGUUGUGGGUUGGUUUUAUUUAGCCAGCCACCCGUAGAAUCAGCCUUUUAACUGCUGUGAACUUUUUCAUGACUUGAAUAUGAAGAUAGACGCAAACUUAUAAAGAGAAAUGUCUGUUUUCCCCAUUUUAGAAUGUGUGAGCUUAGUCUUGUCUUCCUUUGCGUUUAGUGGUAAACCUCAGCUGGUAGCUCCCACCAAGGAUCGGAGAUGUGCGUUCCUCCUCAUACCCCAUCUCCGCUGGGCAUGAGAAGCAGAGCUAACGAUGGAAAACAUUUGCCUGGGUGGUUUCUGAAAAAGAGAGAGAGAGAUAUGAUAAUUCUUAAACAGUUUUUAUUUUUGCUAUUUCUUUAAGCUGUCUGAUGUGCCACAAAUUUAUUUUAAGGUGGGUUUUUUUUUUUAUAAGAAUUGUUUUAAGAGUGUUCUCAUGAGAUUAGUUGUAGAUAUUUUAAAAAUACAACUGGGUUUUAAAAGUCUAAGUACUGCUCUCAGCAAGUAUUUGAACUCUGGAGAGAAGGGGGGGGGUGGAAGUUGUAUGACUUUUGUAUUUCCGUGCUGUCAAAUAAAGGUCAGAACAUCAACUGUGCACACCUGCUGUUCCAAUGAGAACUGUUGGCCCCGUGGCCUAAGUGAAGGGGCUGAUACUUUAAGUUGACUGUUAUAUUGUAAAUUAAUCCAUUCUAAUUUUUAAAAUCUUGAUUGACUGUUUUCCUUGUUAAAUAAUUUUAAAAAAAAUAAAAAAACUGGAAGUUCUUUGCUUA